AGCGGCGGCGAUGGAAAAGUGCGGCGAAAUUUGUGAAGUCCCCGCAACAUCCAAUAACCAAUUCUUGCUCUAACGGUUCUGGUUUUAGCGCCAACCAAGAUAGCGAAUUAUUAGAUUUAUUACAUGUGGUGGUCGAAGUGGAUUGCAGGUCAGGACUUGCCGAAUCGGACUCAAGGACUCAGGGAGGAGUAAUAUUCAGGUUUAACGGUCUGGUCACUGCGUUGGAAUGCUGAUGGAAGGAUCUCUCCGCUGCUGACCGAUUCCUUCAUGUUUCUUACUUCAUCGUAUUCUGCUCGACAUGGCCUUUGAAGUUUCCAUUCAGGUACUUGUUUUUGUGACCCUCCUUACCAUCGCGGCAUACAUAGGCAUGGGUUGGUUCUCAAGGAAAUCCCAUUUCCAAGUCAACGGACAGACCGUGCUGAUAACAGGCGCAUCCCAAGGACUAGGAGAAGCCAUCGGCUAUCUACUUGCUUCCAAGGGUGCGAAUGUGAUCAUCGUCGCGCGCGAUGUCUCCAAACUCCAGAAAGCCCUCGAGUUCAUCCGCUCCGGCGCGAAAUCCCCUUCCCAACGAUUCGAAUACUUAAGUGCCGACGUGACUUCCGAGGACGAAAACAACAAGCUCCUGGCCAAAGCGACGGAAUGGAACAAUGGAAAUCCGCCCGACAUCAUCUGGGCAUGUGCCGGCGUGUCGCAUCCGGGGUUGUUCAUGGAUAUCUCGACCAAGACCUUGCGGGACCAAAUGGACAUCAAUUACUGGGCCGCGACGUACCUCCUUCAUGGCGCGCUGAAAAUUUGGCUGGGGCCCCUCCUCGAUGGCUCCUCAAGCGCUACAACUACCUCCCGGUCACCGUCGUCCCCGGCCGGCAAGAAAAAGCCGCGUCACUUCAUCCUCACCUCCUCCGUCCUCGCAUACUGCGGCAUCGCGGGAUACUCUCCAUAUUCCCCCGCGAAAGCCGCCCUCCGCUCGCUAUGCGAUACCUUGCGGCAAGAACUGCAGCUCUACACCGGCGCAUACUCUUCGCACCCUGAUUUCCGACCCGUCGACAUCCGCAUGACCACGCCGGCGAACAUCCUUUCCCCCGGCUUCGAAAAUGAGAACAAGGUGAAGCACCCGGUCACGAAGAUGUUGGAGGAAGGCGAUCCGGCGCAGACGCCGAAGGUCGUGGCACAGGCAUUGGUAGAGGGUCUGGAGAACGGGGAGUAUAUGCCGACGACAACAUUGCUGAGCUGGGCCAUGAAGGCGGGGAGCCUGAAUGGGAGUCCGAGGAUGUUAGGGGACGUGUUACUGAGCGGGCUUGCCGGGUGGAUCUACUACUUCGUUGGACCGGACAUGGAGGACAAGGUUCGGAAGUUUGGCCAGCAGAGAGGCGUACGGGUCUCAUGAGUACUUGCGCUUGAUGAAACAGCGAGGAAUGUUGGCGUAAUUGUAAUGUGGUCUGUUGUAGUACAUACUAGCCUAUGGUUAUAUUACAUCGGUCAUCGUACUAAGGAGACAUUCUAUAUACCCUCAAGUUUAGACAUUAUUCCCC